GAGACCACGGAAGGAACAGUGGUGCUUCUAUUCUCCGCAGCCUUAUAUAUCAACUGCUCUCUCAACGUCCAUUGCUGUUCGAGCAUGUCUUGGAUGACUACGACAAGCACGGUACUAGGCUUUUCGAUGACAGAAAGUUUCAAGCUCUCUGGACCAUCUUCGCUCGGAUGUUGCACGACCAAAACAUCGCACCCAUCACAUGUAUUCUCGACGGCUUAGACGAAUGCGACGAAGAGGGUCUCGAAGACUUCUGGGUGAAGAUCAAGAGCCUGUACGAACCGGCUUCUGAACAGGACUUCCGGAACUACACUCACUCUUUGAGGCUGCUUGUUGUCAGCCGCAACCACCCAUACUCUAUCGAGCAAGCAGUGGAUACAUUCCCCCGAUUGCGUCUUGAACCCGACAACGAGCCACAUGUCGGAUCUAAUAUCUCCAAAUUCGUCGAAGACCGUAUAUCCAGUUUGCGGUGCCCAACCGAAGCGCGCGAGUAUAUCAAGAAACAGCUGUGCGAUCGAUCGGAAGGAACCUACCUAUGGGUCAGCUUCGCCAUCAACGCUUUAAAGCAGGUGCGGGUUGUCGACAUGGAACGUACUGUUGAAUCUUUCCCUCGUGGGCUCGAUGCCAUGUACCGUCGCAUAUUACUGGCAAUCUCCGAACAUGAAAGAGACAAAGUUAUAGAAAUCUUGCGGUGGAUCACAUUCCAUCCGCUAAGCCUCGUCGAGCUGGCUACGGCAGUCAACACAAUCUCUGCGAGGGGUCAAACCCUGGAAGAGGAUAUCACUGAUGAGAUCGCCUAUGCUGGAGAUCUAUUGACAAUAGCGACGCGGGUUGACAAGAUCAAUCAUGAUAUUGUACGAACCAGCUUUCACUAGUAUAUUCAUCUCUACUGGACUUCCCUCAAAAUGUUCCGGAGUUUGAUCCCGAUUUGAGAAUCUUUCGCCUCCAGGCAGCCGCCACUCGUGACCGAUUGAUUCGUCGCCUCUUCCACUACAAGUAUC